AUGACUACAUUUAUUUCAAGAAUUGGUACUAAUACUAUUCGCUCACGAGUGGUGGGAAAUUUAACCCAAAAUAGUGAUAAGCACAGACGCUUAUUCAGUCAAAAUAGUCGGGUCCAUCCAUUGAAAUCCUUGAUUCCGUUUGUCGUUGAGCAGACGGCUCGUGGAGAGAGAUCAUAUGAUAUAUUCUCAAGGUUGCUCAAAGAACGAAUUGUAUGUUUGAAUGGAGAAGUAGACGACAGUGUUGCUGCUGUGAUUACAGCGCAAAUCUUGUUUCUAGAGGCCGAAAAUCCCGAGAAACCAAUACAUUUAUACAUCAAUAGUCCAGGCGGAGAAGUGACAGCUGGAAUGGCCAUAUAUGAUACAAUGCAGUAUAUCCAGUGUCCUGUGUCAACAUUAUGCAAUGGACAAGCAUGUUCUAUGGGUUCAUUGUUAUUAGCUGCAGGCGAACCAGGACAGCGAUAUACGCUUCCACAUUCUAGAAUAAUGAUUCACCAACCAAUAGGGGGUACUUACGGUCAAGCAAGCGACAUUGCAAUCCAGGCUAAAGAGAUUUUACGUAUUAGAGAUCAAUUAAAUCGGAUUUAUCAAAAGCACACCAAGAAACAUACUCUAGCGGAUAUUGAAAAAGCAGUUGAACGAGAUUAUUUUAUGAGCGCCGAAGAAGCGCUUGAAUUUGGUUUAGUAGAUAAAAUAUUAGAGAAAAGAAAGAUCAAAUCUGAAGACAAGGUUGAUGAAAAGUGA